CUGCAGAAAGCAGGUGCUGGACUUACCUCCGAUCUACCGCUACCAGAACCGGAAGUCACAAUGGAAGAGGAACUGCUCAAAGAAAACAACUUCAUAGAACUUCCUGACGACAGUCAACUGAUCAGAGGCACGCAGAAUAUUGCAGACCUUGGAAAGGAAGUGGACAACACGGCUCCGUACGUUUGCAUCAUAGCAGCAGCCGUUGCCAAAAAAUACUCAAUAAGCACUUGGUCAUCUGAUCUAGUCGAUUAUGUUCUUACGGGCGGCCUGGCAUUGUACGAACUCGCCAACGUGAGGUUCGAACAGGCUCCCAAAUUUGAGAUCCCAAAAAUAUCGCUAGGGAAAGAUAAUUAUAGGGUGUUCGUGGACUACCUGUUCGAUGGUCAAUUUUCUGACAUCGGUGUGGAGAAAGCGCUCGCCCAUAGGUUAUUCUCAAAAUACGAGAUUGGGUUGAUCGUCACCUCGUACUAUUCGUGUGCUGUAUUUUUUAAAAAUCACCUGUACUACCUCUUCGACUCCUACGGUAACAACGAGGUGGGACUGAGCGAAGGUCCGCAUAACAAGGGCAUGGCCAUGUUCGCCAGGUUCAAGAAUCUGGAGCACCUGGUCAAGCGAAUCGUUUACAACAAGACCAAAAGGGAAAUGGCGGAAUCGUUUAAGUUUUCCGAUUUCAUAUUGUUCUCUAUCAAAGUGGAAACUAUAAGACAGGAAGCACUUCGCGCUAAGGGUUCCGAAGUGAUGGCCUCCGAAGGCGGUGAAGACGGAAUGGGUGAAGAUGAGAAUGUUGUAGUAAAACCUGAAGUGAAGGAAUCCGAAGUACUGCCAGAACCAAGAAAUGUUGUAGGGUGAGACAGAAUUA